UAGUCGACAAUUAAUAAUGGAGUUGAAACGAUGGGUGUUUGUGAUUUUGUGUUUUAUAAUUCCUAAAACAAUUUAUACUGAACCUGUAAAACAUAGGAAAAUUGAUGCACCCGUAGUUUCGAUAAGUGGAUAUAUGGGUAAAGAAAUCAAAACAGAGCUAAAUGGAUGUAAUCUGAAAAUUGGCAUAACUGGUCUGAAAAGUUGUAGUGCUGACGAUUCGUUGUGUGGCAAAUCGAAGGGCGGACUUGGUGUACCUGGAAAAGAAGGAAAGGCAGGAGCAACAGGGCCACCUGGGCCAAUAGGGCCCUUAGGUCCUCCGGGACCAUCAGGUCCUUCAGGUUCGCCUGGGCCAAUAGGAUCCACGGGAGCUAAAGGAGAUAUAGGACCACCAGGAUCACCAGGUCUUCCAGGGAAAACGGGACCAAUAGGAUUAUCGGGAGUUAAGGGAGAUAUUGGACCACCUGGAUCAACUGGGUCUCAAGGCCCUAAAGGAGAUUUAGGACCGAUGGGGCCUGUUGGAAUACCUGGAAUAAAAGGAGAGACUGGACCACAAGGUCCUAUAGGAUUUAUAGGACCACCGGGACCAAAAGGUUUACCAGGAUUAGCAGGGAUUCAAGGUGUGCCUGGUUUCAAUGGAAGUAAUGGCGAAAUGGGAAUGAAGGGUUCAAAAGGUGAACCAGGGCUUCCGGGAAAAGAUUGUGUCACUGAAGGGUUACCUCCUCCAGAAAGCGCUCCGACAUAUUUGGGAAGUUUUUCGAAACCAGCUGUAUCAUGCGCAGAGCUGAAAGAAGAUGGUAUAUUUUACCUAAAUCCUUCUGAUCCAUUCGAAGUCAAUUGCAAAGUAACGGAGAAGGAAACCUGUCUUAAAAUACAGGAAUUGGAAUAUGAUCUCGACGAGAUUGCUAUUACGUUCACUAACGAUUCAUUUUGGUUAAGUGAAAUGGGAUUCGAUUUGACGAAAUUUUACAACCUACAAGUAUCUCAGCUGUCCUACCUUCAAGCGUCAUCUACGGGCGUCACACAGACAAUAAGAUAUCAUUGUGUCAAUACGACAGUGAUUAGCGACACGGAUAAUGCAUUGCAAGUGCUACUUUGGAAUGAUAAUUUAGUGGGACCAUAUUCCACUAAAAGAACGCCAAUGUAUUACGAUAUUCCCAAAGAUACGGAUACAUGCAUGACUGGUGAUUCAUGGGAGUUCACGGAUAUAGUAUUGGAAUCGAAACUUAAUACACGUCUUCCAGUGGUAGAUUUCUUCAUACAAGAUAUAAGACCCUUGGAUCAAAAAGUUUAUGUGGAACUGAAAAAAUUGUGCUUUAAAUAUAACACACCAUCUACUUAAUUGAGUAAUUAUGGGACGAUAGCUGUACAUAAGAAAGUCGAGGAGCUCAGGCCGUAGAUGUGAUUCUUGAUUGCAAUUUACUAAAUGGUUACGAGUACUGAAAAUAGUUACUGGCCGGCUAGAGAGCGGUGCUACGCUUAUAUUACAAAAAAAAAAAGAAAAACGAACCUAUUACGGUAUACGUUGUUAUUUCGUAUUGUAGUACACGAGUGGCCGAUAGAAACCGGCAACGUAUGAGACGUUUUAAUGGUAUACAAAUUCCGGCGGUACUCGACUCCACAAAACUACUGCCGUCAUCAGACAUUGGAAAUCGAACUACACAAUAUGACAAAUGCAGGUCUCUAUAUUGCACCGGUGAAAAGACUGGAGGCCACUCAAAAACAUGCUGUCACUAUGACAAAGUUCCAGUAGUUGCCAUUCGCCUAUAUUUUUUAAUAACAAUGCCCCUGUAGUUGUAAAUUGUGAAAGUUUAUUCUAAACAAAAGUUAAGUGUUAUCGACAAACUUCAAUUGUGACUAAGCUAAUAUAUGUAUAAUAUACUUAACAUUUUAUUUAAAUAAGUUUCAUAAUUUUGGCGCCAUUUAAGACGAGUGGUUUACAGCUUACAAUGAAAUGAACCCUAAACAAAACCAGACUACAGCUACAAGUACAUAACUUAGUUCCCAAGGUUGGCGGCGAAUUGUUGAUAUGAGGAAUAAUUCAUAUUUACAUACCAGUAUCAAUAUAUAAGCAGUGGUGACAACUUACCAUCAGCUAGCGUAUUUUCUAAUCCACCUAAAUACAUAAUAAUAAUAAUAAAAACAAUACAUAUUACCUCUUAAUUAGUAAUAUUGUAAUGAAUAUCUACGUAACCAAGUACCUUCUAUUCAGUAUGUAUAGAUUCUAAUAAAAGUAGCAAUUAAAACGAAACGCGACCUCCUCUUGUAUC